CAAACGUGCACGUGCGCCGUGCCGAGACUGCACGUACAUCAGCUUUGUUCGGAAGGAAUCGGACUGCCGAAGAUACAGUGUGUGCGUGAACGGAAGGCCGUUCUUCUCCACGAUGAAGUGCCAACAGAACAUGCACUGGUCCAAUAAACGACGCACGUGCGUAGUGGCCGGAAGUCGGGAUGAUGAUUGUAAAGUAAAAUCAUUUCUGAAGAAAACAUAUUGGAAAAUUAAUAAUAAACCAGCACGAAAAACCUGUGGUGCGAAGAUUUCGCCAAAUAUUGUUGGCGGGUUUCAGACUCGACCUGGCGAAUGGCCAUGGAUGGUGUCGCUUCAACUCAAGGACAGAUACUCCCCCCAGUACAUCCAUUUCUGUGGGGGAGUCGUCAUCGACGAGAAGUGGAUUCUCACCGCAUCCCACUGCGUUGUUAGUAAACAACGUGUGAAGGGUAUGAUCUCGGUAGUAUUCGGAGCUCACCAGCUUUCCAAACCCCACAAGACACAGCACAGACGAGGAGUGGAGCAUAUCUUUCUCCAUCCAAAGUAUAGAGACCGUGGUAGUUUCCCAAACGACAUUGCCUUGUUGAAACUGGCCGAUCCUGUCGACUUUAAUGACGGAAUAAUUCGUGACAUAUGUUUACCGGAACCUGGCGAAGACAUACGGGACGAAGGCUACCGAUCAUCAGAACUCGGUUGCUGGUUGGCUGGCUGGGGUGUGACGCAGAGAUCUGGGAAUGGCGAUAUUUUGCAGGAACUGAAGACGAAUCUCGUUAACUUCACGUUCUGUAGGAAGCAGUGGGGAGACUUCGUGACGAAGAACCACAUAUGUGUGGGGAUGGGGGACAAAGGCGCCUGUAGGGGCGAUUCUGGAGGACCAUUGAUGUGCUCCAAGGGAGGGCGGUUCUACAUUGCUGGAAUCGUCUCGUGGGGCGAGGAAACGUGCAUGGAAUAUGGGUAUCCCAACAUCUUCACCAAGGUUCAGAUAUAUUCACGCUGGAUACAGGAUACGAUGAAAUCUAACCCAUGAUUCCCUGUAUUCCUGAUCCUUUUUGUUUUUAGCCUUGGCGAUUGGCGCUUCGCCUUCCUGCAAGCCAUGGUUGCCAGGCACAACAGCAUACGGGUUUUGCGUUGUCAUGCUCACACGUUUGGAGGCCAGGAGGCCAGAGUUGAUGAUCGCUUUUGAAAGACCAGUAUGAUGAUAAUCGGAAAGAGGAAUCUUCGGGUGAUGUACAGACAGAGAUCUCUCUGGUGAUUACAACCAGGGAAUCCUCUCAUUCACGGUAUAGACCAGGCUAGGGAUUGUUCAAGCCAUCUUAGCGCUACGAAAUUGUAAAAACAUCGUAGGUUGUUACGUCACUAUAGCACACACCACAGGACGUCAUAGCUUACGAUAGUUUUACGAUUCCGUAGUGCUAAGAUAGUUUCGAAAAUAUGGGCCCUGGACUUAAGACACAGGAAAUUGGUUACUUGCAAGUUUGCGUGUACCAAACGUGUUUGGGAAAGUCGACGAGUUCUAAACUCUGCAACAAGGUCGAAUGGUAGACGUUUUGUGUACAUAAUUAUUUCAAACAAAUUCAUUUGUUAUACGACAUAAUGAUCAUUGCAGUUACGGCAUAAUAUUUUUCUCAUAUUGUAAUAUUUUGAUUAUAUGUUUUGGUUUUUAUUCAACAGA